AUACUACUUCGUUUAUACCUUUGCCGUCUAUCAUGGUAUCAGAGCCGGUUAAGACCCAUCUGUGAAGGAAGAUUUCAGCCGCACUGUCAUUCUUGGUAAUGGCAGUAGGAGACGGCGGAGAUCAUUUUUCAGCAUCGUCAUUGUUCCUGGGGCCGCCGGACAGACCGGGUGAAGACCAACCGGAAAUCAUGAAAUUUCCGGUGCAAACUGAGGGAUGUGAAGAAAUCAGAUGUGGAGGUGCCAUCGUUGGGCGUAGGCGUGAGAGUGUACGAGCUCAUGCGGCUGCAGUGGUUUCUUCAAUUUCUCACACAGAUAAUGUAGUUGCAGAUGGAGCAAUUGGACAGCUGGAACGUGAGGAAGGGAAAGCCCUUCCAGGACUUACAUCCGAACAGUGGCAGACUCUUUUGACAGCUUUUGGUAAACCAUACUCUCCUACUAAUCGGAGUGUAUCCGGACCGGCACUCGAGGAGGCUGAUUGGAGCGGGUGAGCGGAGGAAUGGACUCUACUAUUUUCAAGACGUCUCUUGUGCUUUUAUUUUUGGUGUUCAGAAAAGAACUGAGACUGUGACUACCUGGCACCAGCGGUUGGGACAUCCUUCAUAAACUGUUAUGAAAUGGCUCAGACCUGUGAGUGGACAUCCUAGUAUUGUUACUCCGCCCUGUGAAAUUUGUUUUAGAGCUAAACAUGCUAGAGAUGCUUUUCCUCUUAGUGAUAGCAAAAGUACUCGUAUUUUUGAACUUAUACAUUGUGAUUUAUGGGGACCGUAUCAUACGCCCUCUUCUUGCGGCGCUAAAAGUUUCCUGACUAUUGUUGAUGAUUUCUC